AUGUUCAGGCUAGCAGCGGCUCGAGGGCUGCCUGUGGUUGAACGAUCAGUCGCGCGCGUGCCCGCUUAUGUGCAAAGUAGCCGGUGCGAAAGCACUGUGGCAGACCACACAUUAUCAGACACGCCGCAAGCUUCGAUGCCAAAAUCAAUUCGAUACCCAUACUUUGUAUCACGUGUAGGUAUGGCAGGAACAAGCUUGCCGGUGUACACUGAUAUUCGACAUGGUGGAUCGAAAUGGAUCACUCAGAUUCGUAAAGUGGAAGGAGAUGUAUCGGCUUUGUGUCAUGACUUGUUUGAUGACAUGGGUUGGGGAAACCCUUACGAUAAAUGCAAUCCGAACGCACGCAUGCUCUUGCGAGUAACGAAUAAUGCUGGCCCCAAGACAGUGCACCUACGUUCGAAUGUAUCGAGAGAAGUCAAGGCUUGGCUAGAGAGCCGUGGCUUUUAA